AUGAAUUGGAAUAUAAUAGUGGUUGAAGCCUUCAACUUGAAAUCAACCACUCCUUCUUCUUGCAUUCUCUUUCCUUCUGAUUCGGCUCAAAUGGCGAAGGUUUACCCUGAACAGGAGGAACCCACUUUCUCUGGCUGCCCCUCCUAUGGACCACACACAUACACCCUCUGGAUGAAAUCACUCGUUUUCAACUCUAACGGUUGCACCGUCUACGAUUCUAACGGUCUCAUCGUUUAUCGCGUUGAUAACUACGACACAAAGGGUAGAAGAGACGUUAACCUUUUGGAUCUUCGAGGAAGAGUUCUCUGCACCAUACACAAGAGAGUACUUGGUUUUGGACGUUGGGAUGUGUACAGAAGUAGCUAUGACAGUAGUAACAGUGUAAACCAGGAAAAGCCUUGGUUUCAAGUUAAAAGAUGCCAUGAGAUGAUGACCGGAAAAGUGACGUGCCAGAUUAGUACGGUGGAGUGUCAGAAGUACUGCAUAGAGAAAAUCGGUGCCAAAACAGCGUUUCGGAUUGUCAACACGGAUGAUGGAGACAUAGUUGCCCAUGCGAAGCAAAAGCACUCGACCUCCGGAGUUAUACUGGGCAGUGAUGUUCUAACGUUGGAUGUUGAAGGUGGAAUUGAUCAUUCUCUAGUAAUGGCUUUUGUCACUGUGUUUGGAUUAAUCUGCGGCAGAAUGUAAAUUGUAUAUAUUCCUGCUCUCGUGUAUCUCAAAUCAACCCAUCUUAUGUAUUCGUGCUCUCCUCCUUGA